UGUUUUUCCAUUAAGCUCAAGCCAAGUGGAGAAACCAUACUUCGACAUGGGAAGUCUUCCGGUAGCUCAAGUGGAGAAACCUUUCAUUUUUUUAAUGUCUUCCGGCAGACAUUAAAAAAAUGAAAGGUUUGAUAUUCUCUUAUUGUAGCUCAAAAUUUUAUGUGAAAAUAGUUUUAUUCACAUUAUUCUUGAGCUUAUGUUCAUGUUAUAUGUUUCAGUAAAUAAGUAACCAUUUUCAUUUUUGUUUUCUUUGUAUAUUUUUUUCUUUCAGUUUUCUAUGUAUGAACUUGAGAUUAAUAGAGCUGGAGUUAGUAGUCCCACACUGCAUUGCACUCCAUUAAUGGGAACUACAGUUGAGAAAAUGCUGCUUGAGAUGAAGAAAGCAAAGGAAUUUGGGGCUGACCUUGUGGAGAUCAGGCUUGACUGUUUGACCAACUUCAAUCCUUUCCUGGAUCUUGAAACUCUUUUUAAGCAGUGUCCUUUGCCAACUAUUGUUACUUACCGACCAGUUUGGGAAGGUGGUCAGUACGAUGGUGAUGAAUCAAAGAGACAAAACUCGCUUCGGUUAGCAAUGGAAAUGGGAGCUGAUUACGUUGACAUUGAGCUUGAGGUUGCUCAUGAUUUCAACAACUCAAUCUGUGGAACAAAGCCUGAGAAUUUCAGAGUCAUUGUUUCUUCUCACAACUUUCACAACACCCCAUCUGCAGAGGCCAUUGGGAACCUUGUGGCAAGAAUCCAAGCUACUGGAGCUGACAUUGUAAAGAUUGUCACAACUGCAUUAGACAUUACAGAUUGUGCUAGUAUUUUCCAAAUAACUUCUCGUUCCCAAGUGCCCAUAAUAGGAAUAGCUAUGGGUGAGAGAGGUCUAAUUUCUGGGCUACUAAGCCCCAAAUUUGGUGGAUAUCUCACCUAUGCUGCAUUAGAAGCUGAUGGUGUAUCAGAUCCUGGGCAACCCACAGCAAAAGAUCUACUAGAUUUAUACAACUUCAGGCUCAUUAGGCCUGAUACCAAAGUGUAUGGGAUCAUUGGGAAGCCUGUUGGCCACAGCAAGAGUCCACUUAUGUUCAAUGCAGCAUUCAAAUCUGGUGUUAUCAAUGCAGUUUAUGUGCAUUUUCUUGUGGAUGAUGUUGAAAAGUUUUUCGACGUAUAUUCCUCCCCUGAUUUUGCUGGAUGCAGUUGUACAAUUCCACAUAAGGAAGCUGCAAUUAAGUGCAUGGAUGACAUUGAUUCCAUUGCCAAGAAAAUAGGAGCUAUAAACAACAUUGUCAGGAAACAAGAUGGAGGAUUAACUGCUUUUAAUACUGAUUACAUUGGUGCCAUCUCUGCAAUUGAAGAUGAACUGCGAGAUUUGAAUGGUGCAACUCCUGAUGGUAGCUCACCUUUAGAAGGUAAGCUAUUUGUGGUACUGGGAGCUGGUGGUGCUGGUAAGUCACUUGCUUAUGGUGCAGCACAAAAGGGAGCCAGAGUUGUAGUUGCCAACCGAACUUUUGAAAGAGCUAAAGAACUUGCUGAUAAAGUUGGUGGACAAGCAAUGAGUCUAUAUGAAGUAGAUAAUUUCCACCCAGAAGAAGAGAUGAUUCUAGCAAAUGCUACUUCUGUUGGGAUGAAACCUGGAUAUGAUGACACCCCUAUUUCAAAGGAAUCUUUGAAACACUACUGCUUGGUGUUUGAUGCCAUUUACACACCAAAAGAAACUAGACUCUUAAGGGAAGCACAAGAAACUGGAGCUGUUGUUGUUUAUGGAACAGAGAUGUUAAUUAGGCAAGCUUUUGAGCAGUACAAGAAUUUUACUGGUUUACAAGCACCUGAGGAAUUGUUUAGGAAACUCAUGGAGAAACAUGCCUAGAAGAAUAAUCAUUUGGAAUUGGAAAUCCCACUUUAUUAUUGCAGCUAGCUGAAAAUCCAUUAUUCAUUACAUUUUUGCAGCAAAGUGUUUUUCGAUGCAAUUUGUUAUAAGUUUUUGAACUUGAUCAAAUAUUUGUAUGAAUAAACAUGUCAUCAUUAUUGUAUUAGGAGUGCUAGUAUCACUCUCCUUUUCAUUUUUUUACAUU